CCCAAGCUCCGAGCUCGGAGCUGUUGCAGCCGCCUCCGCCGCCACUUCAGUCGCCGCCACUCCAGCCGCUGCCACCACGGCAGCUGCGCCAGCGCUCCCAUCCGCCGCCUACAGUGUCCUCAACACUGCUGGCCCCGCCCCAUUUCUCCGCUGCCGCAGUCUAUUGGCUUCUUGGGUUGCCAUGCUGAACUAUGAUUGACCAAAUCUCACGUCCUUCUUCAGUCUUCGCCCACUGCCUGAGCUAAACUCUCUGCCCCCGCCUUGGAAGGGGCGGGACAAAGAAGUCCCGCCCCUUUCCCCGCCCACUCUCCCCGCCUCACCCGUUUGGCCCAACCCAGAGGGAGUCCCGGCUCUCUCAAUUGGUGGAGAGUCAGGGAUAGGUUACUCCUGAGUGGUCAGACUCCCAGGAGGCGGGAUAAGCUGGGCGGGAAAAGGAGUUGAAUGGUGAAAAGGAAAGUCAGUCAGACCCCGAGUCCCGCCUCCUGAGAUUGGCGGGUAACCUAGCAACGCGGGGACCUCGGAGGUAAACUGUGGGUCAGGAGACCUGGAGGCCUCAGAACGGGGUUGCCAGAGACAAUAAAAGCAGGAGACCGACAUAGGCUACUGAAGCCUCAAUCUCCUAGGGUGUUCAAAGGCAAAGAAGGCUGCUCACAGAAUGUCUCUGGAUGUUGUCUCCGUGGCCCCCCUCUACCAAGGCCCUGACUUCCACAGAAUAAGGCUGAUGACAACAGAGGCAACCAAAAAACCAGCCUCCCCGCUCAAAUCCUUUGUCCCCUCUAAGACCAAACUCACCACCAUCGAGACCAAGAGAAUCAUGUCCGUCCUGGAUGAGGCCAUCCGCAAGGUGGAGUUGGUGACCCUCCUAUCAGAUGUGGUAGCCAAUCAAGCGUCUCUGGAGGGGAUCCUGGGGGAGGACAUCAUGAGGGCAGUGAGUGACCAUGAGGACCUCUGUAAGACCCUCCUGGACAGUGUCAGUGACCUGAACGACCAAGAAAGGCAGGUGCAGGAGUUAGAAGACAUGGAGGAUGAGAGGGGGCUCAGAGACCUGCUCCUUGUCAUAGAGGAGCAGAAAUACAGUCUCCCACCACUGAUGGGACAGAUCAAAGCCUCCACCAAGAGCAUCCUGCGGCUCUUGCUCAACAACCCCCAGGCUGCCAGGCUCCUGCAGAUGCAGACGCUAGGCAGAAGUGCAGAAGCCCAGAGUUUCAUCGAUAGCCUGGUAGAACUCCGUGGUUUCCUGUUUGAGAAGCUACUCACUAGCCCCAUGGAGGUCAGGGACAAGACCCAGUUCAUACAGGAUAUCAGUAGACGGAACAGGAGGAACCAAGAAGCCGUGGAAGCUCUUGAAAACGAGUUGGCCAAAAGCCUCAAGAGCAGGGAUGCUGAGGUGGAGAAGGAGAACUUUGUGAUCCAAGAACUGAAGAACCACCUGUACCAGGUGCUCAAGUUCUCAGAGAACAGCCUCCUUCGCACCAAGCAGGAAGCCGAGAAGCAGCAGAAGGCAGACUUCCGGGCCUCACAGGCCAGGAUGGCCAAGAUCCAGCAGGAGAUCCUGACGCUGCGCACACAGUACCACAACCUGGUCACGGAGAACCGGGAGCAGGAGCAGACCCUGAGGAAGAAGAAAUAUAAAGUGGAGACAGAAAUAGAGAACUGGAUCCAGAAGUAUGAUAUGGAGAUGAGCGAAAAGCAGAUGGAGUACGAGGAGCUGGAGGUCAUCCACAAGGAGGAGAAGGUGCAGCUGGAGGAGCUGAAACAGAAGCACGACGUGCUGGUGGAGGAGUUCUCCCAGAUCCGCACGGAGAGAGAGAUUAACUCCAAGAAAAGGAUGGAGGCUGAGGAGCAGCUGGUGCGCAUGGUGCGGGCUGCCACGCUCAUCCAGGCCAUGUGGAAGGGCUACCUGGUCCGCUCCAUGCUCAGGUCCAAGAAGAAGAAGCGGAGCAAGGGCAAAGCGAAGGACAAGGCCAAGGAGAAGCCCAAGGGCAAGGAGAAGCCCAAGGGCAAGGAGAAGCCCAAGGGCAAGGAGAAGCCCAAGGGGAAGAAAUGAGCCCUCCCAUCUGGGAGCCCAAGCACCACCCUCCUAGAGGUUAACCAGGAAGCCCCUGGAAUGGAGAGCCCUGUGCUUUAUGGCUUCAUAAGAUUACUUAAAUUAAAAAGCAUUUU